GGCCACUUCCUUUCUUCACUGCAGUCUCGCUGUCCCCACACUGCUCCUGCCUCAUGGCACCAACGGUUGUGGCCCUCAUCCUGGGUUGGUGGCUGGUGGCAGCGAGCAGGGCACAGCAACUGCCCCAACCCUCCCUGUCACUGCACCCCAGCCAGGGGGUGUCCCUGGGGGACACUGUCACCCUGCGCUGCCACCUGCCCCGCAUGGCUGCCUGGGUCCAGCUCUGGCUCAAUGGAACUCUGAGAUUUAAGAAGGAAAAAGACAAGGAGCAGGAUGCAGCUGAGUUCUCCUUUGCUGUCACAAACCUGGAGGACGCCGGGACAUAUCAGUGUCGGUACCAGGUGUCAGAGCCACUGUGGACAUCAAAUCAGAGCGACCCCGUGGAGCUGGUGCUGACAGGGCCCCAGUGUCAGCCAUGGGUGGAACUGUCACGGCAUCCCUGCCCUGUGAUGGGGACACCCAACCACUCGGAGCCCACAGGUGCCAAGGGGCGGUUCCAUGGGAACCUGGUGGUGGCGGUGCUGAGGGGCUGUGCUGCUGUCUUGGUCUUCAGCCUGGGCCUCUACUUCGUCUUCGAUGCCCGCAGCCUCUGGACAUGGAGAGAUGAGAGUGCUGGUGUCACCCCUGAGAUGCACAAGUCAGUGCAAUUGCAGGGGCCCUCCAGGGACAGCGAGGAUCUGACCUACACCGAGAUGCCAGCUGCCAUCCCGUGCUCCCAGCCUCCCACUUACCCCACUGCCCCCCAGUCCCCUGUCAUCUACAUCACAGUGAGCACUGAUUUACCGCGCUGAUGGGCCUCCCCAAGUGUCUCAUUUCUGGGGUGUGUGGAAGGGGACAGACCUCAAAUUCCCUGCUUGGGACUCCCUGAUGUCCUGUUCUAACCACAAACCAGAUAACCUCCCCAAAUCUAACAAUCCCACAUUCUCACUGGUGCAUCCCAAAUGCUUCCCACACACACCGAAUCCCUAAAUGCUCAUCUCUUACCCCAAAGUCCUUCUUUAUCCCCGCAAAUCUCUUAACAGUCCCUGAGACCACCAAAUGCUCUCCCAUCCGCUCCCAAACACCACCACCAUUCCUGUGAGACCCCCUCAUCUGUCGCAAUCUAUCCCUCCUCUGGAGAUCCCCAGACAUGCCCCUUUGCUCCCCUUCCAUCUCCCACUGAUGCUCGACAGAUCCCCUAUAGAUUCCCCAAUAUUUCCUGCCUCCUAUUCUGUUCCAGUUUUAUCAUUGGUCUUUGGGUGCUGAGCAAUUCCUUUGUGCAUCACUUGCUUUCAAAAAAUAUGUUCAUAUAUCUCAUCAUCAUUACUGUUAUGUCUCUCUUCGUUUUCGGUCUCAGUAAAUAGAUUUUAUCUGAACCUACAAA